AUGGCACAACCUUCUGUGAUACUUGCGACUGGUAGCUAUGAUCACACAAUCAGGUUCUGGGAGGCAAAGAGCGGUCGAUGUUACCGUACAAUUCAGGCCCAAGAAUCGCAAGUUAAUAGACUUGAGAUAACCCCGGAUAAGCGCUAUCUAGCUGCAGCUGGGAAUCCUCAGAUUCGGCUAUACGAUGUCAAUUCUAACAACCCUCAACCGGUGAUGAGUUAUGAUUCGCAUACAAAUAAUGUUAUGGCAUUGGGGUUUCAGUGUGAUGGAAACUGGAUGUAUUCAGGAUCAGAGGAUGGCACAGUAAAGAUAUGGGACUUGAGGGCUCCAGGUUGUCAGAGGGAAUAUGAGAGUCGUGCAGCUGUGAACACGGUUGUGUUACAUCCGAAUCAGACGGAACUGAUAUCCGGAGACCAAAAUGGGAACAUACGUGUCUGGGAUCUGACAGCUAACUCAUGCAGUUGCGAAUUGGUUCCAGAGGUGGAUACAGCUGUAAGGUCACUAACAGUUAUGUGGGAUGGAAGCUUGGUAGUUGCUGCAAACAAUCAUGGAACCUGUUAUGUUUGGCGAUUGUUGCGAGGAACCCAAACAAUGACCAAUUUCGAGCCGCUCCAUAAGCUGCAAGCACAUAAUGGAUACAUCCUCAAAUGUCUCUUGUCACCCGAAUUCUGUGAACCUCACCGGUAUCUGGCCACUGCGUCAUCAGAUCAUACUGUCAAGAUAUGGAAUGUCGAUGGUUUCACUCUAGAAAAGACUUUAACAGGUCAUCAACGCUGGGUAUGGGACUGUGUUUUCUCUGUGGAUGGUGCUUACCUUAUAACAGCAUCUUCUGAUUCAACGGCGAGACUGUGGUCAAUGUCAACUGGCGAAGACAUCAGAGUGUAUCAAGGCCAUCACAAAGCAACUGUCUGCUGUGCCCUUCAUGAUGGUGCAGAGCCAUCUGCAGCCUGA